AUGAAAAAACUACUUUUACUUUUCCUUAUCUGCUCCUUCAAAAUAUGGGCCGAAAAUACGAGGGCAUCAAAAUUCGCCAACUCUAAGCGAAAGAAAAAUGGCAACAGAAUGCGAGAAAAUAAAUUGACCAAUGACGACGUGGACCAGUACAGCUUCCUCUCCUUGCGGACGGCCAACGACGAGAAGGCUGCCAACGAAAACGACACCAACAAGGCGAACAAGGAAAAAGAAGGCGCCGAAAACAGCAACGGUAAUGAAAAGAAGAAUGAAGAUAAUAGCAAUGGCAACGAAAAAAAAAACCAAGAGAAUACCAAUGGAAAGGAAAAAAAGAACGAAGAAAACAACGCAAAUGAGAAAAAAAAUGACCAAACUAAUGACCAACCUAAUGACAAAGCUAAUGGCCAAGUUAAUAGCGAAGCUAGUAGCCAAAGUAAUAUCCCAAAUAAAAAUGAAACAGUACCACCAGAAAAAAAAAUUAAUAAAGAAAACUUGUUAGAGUAUGGGACCCAUGGCAAAGAUGGCCAUUUUAUUCCUUCCUAUAAAACACUGACAAAUGAAAUUCUGUCAACAAAUAAUUCUCUGGAAAAAGCGUCGAGCUUCCUCAAAAUCGCCUGCUCACAUAUCAUGAAAAUUCUGGAAUUCAUCCCGGACAGUAAAUUGUCGUCUCAGUACAUAAAGGUGGAAUCGAAAAACGUGUACAUAAAGGACAUCGCUUCCGAAUGCCAAAAUAUAUUUUUUUCGCUCGAAAAAUUAACCAUGACAAUGAUUGUCUUAAAUUCAAAGAUGAGCAAAUUGGUCUACACCCAGGGAUAA